AUGGCCUCUGGCAUCCGCCUGAACCUUGUCGACACCGAAGAAAGCACCAUGGACGGCUCCACCGCCCCGACCACGCCUGACGGCAGCAACCAGGAGUUUAGUCCUGUGAUGCGGCCCCUUGUCCGCCCGGUCGACGCCGAGGAUGCGCGCACGAACGGUGCCCGCUCCAACGGCACGGCCUCGGCCUCCCAGAACCCCGUCAUCCGCACAAUUUGCUGUGUGGGCGCCGGUUACGUCGGUGGCCCUACUGCUGCGGUGAUUGCCUUCCAGAAUCCCCAUAUCCGUGUUGUGGUCGUUGACAGAGACCCGGUCCGUGUUCGUCGUUGGAACUCGCGCCACCCUCCUAUUUACGAGCCCGGCUUGGCCGACAUUGUGCGCAUUGCCCGCGAUGGCUCGCGCGAGUGCUCUGUGGACGAUACCGAGAAGAAGACGGUCCCCUCGCGCACGCCCAACUUGUUCUUCUCGACGGAGAUCUCGCGUUACAUUGGCGAGGCUGACAUUGUUCUCAUUGCGGUCAACACCCCUACCAAGUACCGCGGUGCUGGUGCGGGCAGCGCAACCGACAUGACUGCUUUCGAGGCUGUUACGGGCGAGGUUGCUCAGCAUGCGCGUCCCGGGGCCAUCAUAGUGGAAAAGUCGACUGUGCCGUGCCGCACGGCCCAGCUUAUGCAAGAGACGAUGGCUGUCCACCGCCCUGGUGUCCACUUCGAGAUCCUUUCAAACCCCGAGUUCCUGGCUGCCGGCACCGCUGUCAACGAUCUGCUGUACCCCGACCGUGUGCUGAUCGGCUCCCUUCCGACUGCCUCCGGCCAGCGUGCCGCUGAGGCGCUCGCUGGCAUCUACGGCGCCUGGGUCCCGCGCAACCGCAUCCUUACCACCAAUGUUUGGUCGUCCGAGCUUGCGAAGUUGGUUGCCAACUCCAUGCUGGCCCAGCGCAUCAGCAGCAUCAACAGCAUUGCCGCGAUCUGCGAGCGCACUGGCGCCGACGUCGACGAGGUCGCUGCCUCGGUCGGCUAUGAUGCCCGUAUCGGCAACAAGUUCCUCAAGGCCGGUAUUGGUUUCGGCGGCAGUUGCUUCAAGAAGGACAUUCUCAGCUUGGUCUACCUUUCCGAGUCUCUCGGCCUCGACGAAGUUGCGGCGUACUGGCGCCAGGUCGUGACUAUGAACGAGUACGCUCGUGAUCGCUUCACGCACCGUGUUGUCAAGUGCCUCAACAACACGCUUCGUGGCAAGAAGGCCACCGUCCUGGGCUACGCCUUCAAGAAGAAUACCAGCGACACCCGCGAGUCGCCUGCUCUGGAGAUCAUCAAGACCCUUCUGGAAGAAGGCCCCCGCGAGAUUGCCGUGUUUGACCCCUGCUGCAACCCUGUGGUGAUGCGAGAGGAGAUCAAGACGCUUCUGGGCGGUGACCGUGUCCUACUCAGCGAGGGCGGCUCCAUUGAAAUCUACACAGACGCGUAUGGGGCCUGUGCGGACAGCAAUGCCGUCCUGAUCACGACCGACUUUGACGAGUUCGGCAGCAAGCCUCCUAUCAACGGCGGUGCUGCCGCGGCCGCGGCUGCUGCUGCCAAGUCGAGUGGCGCUCCUACGGCUGCGGCUGUCGCGGCGCCGGUCAAGAAGACGGGCAAGACGGACCCGCGCCCCUUCGCGACCGCCGAGCCUAGCGAGAACGACAUCCUAGCCCUGCACAAGUACCUCAUCAACUCUGCCGGCGACGAGGCGGUCACCGAUCCCCUGCAGCGCUACCACCAGGAGCCUGCCUGUGACUCCACCUGCCCUGACUGCGAGCUCGAGAAGCAGGGCUACAAGCUCAACGAGGAGUACAAGCCCAAGGAGAAGCUCGACUGGGCCAAGAUCUCGUACCACAUGCGCAAGCCCCGUUGGGUCUUUGACGGCCGCGGCUGCCUGGACGCCAAGGCUGGUGCGAAGCUCGGUCUGCGUGUUGAGAGUGUUGGUCGGCAGGGUCGGUCGUAG